GGAUAAACCAAAACCAUUUUUUAAUUCAUUUCCAUUUAAUUUUAUAUUUUCCUUGCUGGAACAAGCAAAAACACUCAACUCCCUCGCUUUCCUUCUUCUCUUCUCUUUUCUUUUCUCUAUAAAUACCCAUUCCCUCACACUUUCACCAAACAACGAUACAACACCAAACUCUUUCUUCUUCAUCUCUCUCUCUCUUCUCUCAACUGUUUCAUGCAAAACCGUUUCUAGGGUUUUCGUUUUCAAUCUCAUUUUCCAAUAACGCGUUUCGAUGGCAUUGGCGAAGAAACUCAUCAACGAUCCUAACGAUGCAGAGACUGAAUUCAUUGACGGUCUUAUGGAGACAUAUCCUUCACUGCAGUAUUUAGAUGGCUAUCCUAAUGUGAAGGUUGUGUUUCGUAAAGAUGUUUAUCCUGGUCCACCAUAUGACAAAGUUGCAAUCAUAUCAGGGGGUGGAAGUGGCCAUGAGCCUGCUCAUGCUGGAUUUGUGGGAGAAGGAAUGCUGACGGCAGCCAUAUGCGGCGAUGUCUUUGCUAGUCCAACUGUUGAGGCUAUUCUUGCUGGGAUACGUGCGGUAACUGGUCCAAUGGGAUGUCUUCUUAUUGUAAAGAACUAUACUGGUGAUCGUUUGAACUUUGGGUCGGCUGCUGAGCAAGCAAAAUCUGAAGGUUAUAAAGUAGAGAGUGUGAUUGUUGCGGAUGAUUGUGCUAUACCUCCACCUCUAGAGAUGGUUGGAAGAAGAGGAUUGGCAGGGACUAUUCUGGUUCAUAAGGUUGCAGGAGCUGCUGCAGCUGCUGGUCUUUCUCUUGCUGAUGUUGCUGCCGAAGCAAGAUAUGCAUCUGAAAAUGUAGGAACUAUGGGUGUUGCUUUAAAAGCUUGCACACUCCCUGGUAGGGUUUUAACAGAUCGUUUGGGGGCAUCAAAAAUGGAACUGGGUCUUGGAAUUCAUGGGGAACCUGGUGGACUUGUGACUGAUAUACAGCCUUCAGAGACGGUGGUUUCUCAUCUUCUGAAUCAAAUACUGUCCAAGGAAACAAACUAUCUUCCAAUAUCUCGGGGUGAAAGAGUGGUCCUCAUGGUCAAUGGGUUAGGUGGCACUCCCUUGAUGGAACUAAUGAUUGCAGCAGGAAAAGCAGUUCCUCAAUUGAUGGUUGAUUAUGGAUUGGCUGUUGAUAGAGUAUACACAGGGUCAUUUAUGACUUCUCUUGAUAUGGAAGGUUUAUCAAUUUCUAUCAUGAAGGCUGAUCCGUCUAUUCUUCAACGAUUGGAUGCUGAAACUAAAGCUCCUUAUUGGCCUGUUGGAGUUAGUGGUAAUCGUCUGGCUGCAAAGAUUCCUGCUCCAAUUCCACCAUCUCCAUCUGCAAAGAUUGUUGAGGCACAGAGUCAGCCUCUAGAAUUAACCGAGCAAGGACAACUUCUUGAGCUAGCCAUUGUAGCAGCUGCUAAUGCACUUAUAAAUCUCAAGGACACACUAAAUGAAUGGGACAGUGAAGUUGGUGAUGGUGACUGUGGUUCAACUAUGCAUAAAGGUGCAACAGCCGUUCUUGAAGACAUGAAAAAUUACCCUCUGAAUGAUGCUGCAGAAACUGUCGGUGAAAUUGGAUCAACAAUUGGAAAAUCAAUGGGAGGAACAAGUGGGAUCAUAUAUUCAAUUUUAUGUAAGGCAGCAUGUACACAGCUGAAAACAAGCUCCCAUUCUGCUAUCACAUCAAAACAAUGGGCUGAAGCACUUGCAGCGGGCAUUGCUGCUAUUAGUAGAUAUGGGGGAGCUAAGGCUGGUUACAGAACAUUGCUAGAUGCCCUCAUCCCAGCAUUGUCAUCACUUGAAGAGAGACUAAAACUUGGUGAUGAUCCUGCCACUGCUUUUCUUACCUCAUCUGGAGCUGCAUUAGAUGGAGCCGAGUUAACCAAGAAAAUGCGAGCUAAGGCUGGGCGUACACUUUACGUGUCUCAAGAUACUCAGUUAUCAAUUCCUGAUCCAGGUGCUUAUGCUACAGCUUCAUGGUACAGAGCUGCAGCCCUAGCCAUCAAUAACAAAUACAAGAAUCAAUAGUCUUCAAGACAAAUACAAGAGUAAAUAAACAUACAUAGCUGUUAAUGCAAUCUCCUGUUUUGUGCGGAUUUAGCCAAAUUUUGCUCUCAAUUUUGUAUCAUUGGGCUCUCCGCUUGUGUCUUUUUUGCAUAACGCUGAGAGAGCAAUUGCCAAUCAUUUUUGUAUGCACCCAAUUUUAAAGCUGAUUGGAUGUAAAUUUGAUGCUCAAUUGCCACAAUUGACAAUAAUACUCUUCUCAAUUUGAGCUUUUGAUCGUAAUUCUCAUGAGGAUUACAAUUACUACAUUUCUAAUCAUGCAUUUGCCCUUUA